UCCAGGGGGAUAAAUGCAGCCUUGGGUCGCUGGCCCGCCCGCAGUAGCCGCCCCGCGCAGAACCAGCCGAGGUCAAGGACGAGGACGAGGACGAGGACGAGGACGACAGAAGCAGGAUGUGGCGGCUCAGGGCCCUGCUGCUGCUGCCCCUGGCGAGUGCCGCGCUGUACCCUGACGACGCGCUGGACCGUCAGUGGGAGCUGUGGAAGAGGAACCACGGGAAGCGAUACGGCAGCAAGGUGGAUGAAGCCUCUCGGCGUUUGAUUUGGGAAAGGAACCUGAAGCACAUCUCCACCCACAAUCUCGAGGCCUCUCUGGGUGUCCACACAUAUGAACUGGCCAUGAACCACCUGGGGGACAUGACCAGCGAAGAGGUGGUCCAGAAGAUGACCGGGCUCAAAGUGCCGCCCUCUCGUGCCCGCAGUAAUGACACCCUGUACACCCCGGACUGGACAGGCAGAGUCCCGGACGCCGUCGAUUACCGCAAGAAGGGGUAUGUCACCCCUGUGAAGAACCAGGGGCAGUGCGGCUCCUGCUGGGCCUUCAGCUCGGUGGGUGCCCUGGAGGGCCAGCUCAAGAAGAAGACCGGCAAGCUCCUGAACCUCAGUCCGCAGAACCUGGUGGACUGUGUGUCCGAGAACGACGGCUGCCGCGGCGGCUACAUGACCAGCGCCUUCCAGUACGUGCAGAGGAACCGCGGCAUCGACUCGGAGGACGCCUACCCCUACGUGGGCCGGGACGAAAGCUGCAUGUACACCCCGACCGGGAAGGCGGCCAAGUGCAGGGGCUACCGCGAGGUCCCCGAGGGCAGUGAGAAGGCCCUGAAGAGGGCCGUGGCGCGCGUGGGCCCCGUCUCUGUGGCCAUCGACGCCAGUCUCACCUCCUUCCAGUUCUACAGCAGAGGUGUGUACUACGAUGAGAACUGCAACGGCGAGAACAUAAACCACGCGGUUCUGGCCGUGGGCUACGGGGCCCAGAAGGGGCGCCAGCACUGGAUCCUCAAGAACAGCUGGGGCCAGAGCUGGGGCGACAAAGGCUACAUCCUCCUGGCGCGGAACAAGAACAACACCUGCGGCGUCGCCAACCUGGCCAGCUUCCCCACCAUGUGACCCUGCCCGGCCUGCCCGCCGCUCCCGGCUCUGCACCCGGAAGGCGCCUGUGCUCCCGCGGCGGAUGGCACGUCGCAGCUGUUCCGCCCCGGCUCACGCUCACGCUCACGCUCGGGAGCCGCUGCCUUCGCGGGCCGCGCGUCACUGAGCGGGGGCUCCCCCCCACAGGAGCGGGUUCCUGGGGCCACCGCAGCCUGCCCGGGGCGACGCUGCGCUGGCAGCUGGGCCCCGAGAGCUCAGCCAGGCCCCCCCCCCCCCCCGCAGGCUGGCUGCUGCGGGCGCGGGCAGGACUCGAUCCCCGCCCUGGUCAUGAAGCUGCUCUUGUGUCUUGGUGCGAGUGUGUGACGCAAGACGCGUGUUUUCCUUUUCCUUCUUUGCAUUUUUAAAGUAAACCAAAUAGU